UGGAGGGGAAAGGGAAAACAGAAACAGUCUGCAAGAGCGAGCGGCGAGCCCCGUCUGCUGUGCGCUGCGCUGUACGGCGAGCCGAGUGGGUGCUAACUGCCCGUAUUUGUGUCUCCUUCGCCGCCGAAAUAAAAGCCCGUAUCAAGAAUGACCUUGAAAACCGGUUGUCACCGUCUGAUGCACACUUUGAAGCAUCAGUCAAGUAUGCUGGGAGUCCGGUCACGAGGACACUUGCUCGUGCGUAGGUUAUGUGACUUGGAGUCCAAAACAAGCAGCCCGUCUUCGCCCUCGUCUUGGUUUUCCACCGGUGCCGCCCUCAACAUGCGCCUAGUGCAGUUCUCCGACCUGCGAGGGGGGCCGGUGAGGCUGGGUGUGCAGCCCCAGCAGGACGGCGAAAUCACGGAAAUCAGCAGUCAGGGCGGCAAUGGCAAGAUCCCCAAUGAUUUGGUGCAGCUCAUUCAGGGGGGCCCUGCACUUUGGGCUGAGGCAGAGAAGGCAGCUUCACAGUCCACCUCGAAGGCUCAAGCAAAGGACGUCAAGCUGUUAGCGCCACUAAUUAAUCCUGGUAAAGUUAUUUGUGUGGGCCUGAAUUACCGGUGUCACUGCAACGAACAACACAUCGAGCCCCCUCAUGAGCCCAUGUUCUUCUCAAAGUUCGCCAGUUGUAUAGUUGGCCCAACUGACAAUGUUGUCCUACCCACAGUAUCUACAAAAGUGGACUGGGAAGUUGAAAUGGUUGUAGUGAUCGGAAAGCCCUGCCGUAAUCUUAAGCCGGAAAACACUAUGGAAAAUGUAUUUGGUUACACAGUUGCCCAGGAUAUAUCUGCCCGUGACUGGCAAAAGGGCCGCAAUGGUGGCCAAUGGCUCCUAGGAAAGAGUAUGGACACUUUCUGCCCAUUAGGACCUGCUGUUGUCACUGCUGACGAAUUACCUAAAGGACCCCAUGUACUCCCAUUGUCCUGCGCCAUAAAUGGAGUCAAGAAGCAGAACAGCAACACUGACCAGCUAGUCCACCGAGUUGACUACAUUAUCUCUCAUCUUUCACAUUUGUUAACUCUUCUUCCGGGGGAUAUCAUCUUGACUGGAACUCCAGCUGGUGUUGGUGUUUUCAGGAACCCCAGAGAAUUUUUAAAGCCGGGAGAUGUGAUUGAGAGUGAGAUCGUUGGUAUUGGCAAAAUGCGAAACCCUGUGGUAGCUCCUCAGUGAGUCAGCCUAGUGUUGUUUUCCUUUUUUUAAAAAUGUGUGAACAAUAUUCUUUGUUAAAAUUACUGCACUGCUAUGUAGUCUCAAUUAUACAAUCAGGAAGGGUUAUGUUUUAAUUUGUUUUAAUCCACUCUAUUCACAUCUAUGUUAUUUGCCAUGAGAACUUUUUGAUAUCUUAUCAGAAGUAGAACUGAAUGAUUUUUCUUCUUUUUUAAGAAAAUAUUCUGUUGCUUUAAUUUCUAGAUUGUUUUUUACCUAGUUUAUUUUUAUGGUGUGAAAGUCUACAUGUGCAUGAAACAUGAUACACAGAACCAAAGCUGAUACACAUUGCAAAUGUGUUUUUGUCAGAGUAUUCGUAUUGCUGAUCGAUGUAACCGAAUAACUUUAGGAAAUUUAAGAUGGAGCAGUGUCAGAAUACAACUCAUCUUGAGAAAUGUGUUAUUUUCUAGUGGAUUGACUUCUUUGCUGGGAAUAUGUGAAAGGCAUUGAAGUGUGGAAUUUUGCAUUUUAAAUUUUCUUCAGCAAAUUGAACUUUUUUAAAAAAAAAAUAAUUCAGUUUGAUGUUGGUCUAAUAACACACUCCAUUUAAUUUUCCUGUUGUUCUUCUUUCCAUUAAUGGAAAGGUCUAAGUUCCCUUACAGUUACAUUUUGUCUCAGUAGUGGUCCCUUUGUUGUCUUGUGUGUUUCUGUGCUGGAAAGUACAAAUGUGAAAUGGUCCUGAAUUUGUAUUGUUGGUGUGUUAAUUAGUUAGCAGCAGUAUUUUUCAUCCUGUGGAAGUUGAAUCAACUUGCUUUUUGAAAUGACACUAUAUUAGAAUGUUAGUGUGGUGGGUCUUGCCACAUGUGUUGUGUGCUUGUCACUGUUUGAGAACUUUGUCAAUGUUUAAUUUUUAUAUAAAAGUGCUUUUAUAUGUAUCAGUGUAGAUUCUUUAAAUUGUUGAAGAUUAUGAAAUCUGAAUCAAGUAUACUAUGUUCGUUACAGCCUAGUUUUGUAUCUUGUGUUAAACUCCGACUUAUUAUUUUUAGGAGCUAUGUUAUCGGUGUGUGAUAGUAAUAAACAGUGAGGCUAUGUAUUUUCUAAUCGUCAAGAAGCCAAAUUAAGAGGUCAUUUGUUUAAAGCUUGCAGAAUCCUGAUCAACAUCCACUCUUGAGGGCUAAAUGAGUAGUUUCUAUUCCAUCAUUGUGAUACAUGAAGACUGGAUCAUGCUAAACCAUGGCUGUACUUAACAAAAUGGUUCUUACCUCUUAAAUAUUGUUAAUUAAUUUACCUGCAUCACGGUAGCAGCAAUGUUUGUUAUGACUCACUUAUUUCCGUUGUGACCAAACCAUGUCUUCCACAAUAAAUAUUAAAAGAGUGA